CCUGCGUCAACCUUGCGUCAUCGAGACGUCAUCCGAAACAUCAAACUUCUCAUCAACUUCAGAUCAUCGGGAUGUUAAUCUUCGGAUUCUUCCUAUUUCAUCGCAUAACCAAAAUUGAAGAGUAACAAAUAUCGGUCGCGAUCAUAAACAUGUCUUUCGUCAACAAGAGAGCCAGAGUGUUUAUGGACAGAGGAGACCUCAGACCGGUCAGGCGAAGGUCCGAAGCCAGACUGAAGACGUACCCCUCUGCAGUGGAUCUGAGGGCAUGGUGUGGCAGAGUGGAGGACAGGAGGCAGCAUAUUUUGGAGUUGAUUCAGCUCGAAACUGAGAGAUGUUUUGGCAAGUUUGUUCCUGUAGAUGUUAUAAUCAGUACUCUUAUGGCCGAUAAAAACACGAGUAUAAAAGAGCUCAAAAGAUGUUUAUCACAGCUGUGGAAUUUUUUGGGAGGUUGCAAGUUGAGAAACGAAGACAGACGAAAAUUGAUAGAACUAAAGAAACAAAUGACCAAGAUUUGUCUGGAUGGGGCCCAAUAUAUCGGAUCCGAUGCUCAACUUAGAUCGAUGGGAUACGACGAAGCUUAUCGUGAAGAUGUUAUAGAGGCUCGACCAGUAUCCCGAGGGGCUAAAUCCGUUCCCAGCAAAACCCAAUCAGUCACCAGCAAGACCAAAUCAGUCACCAGCCAGUCCCGAUCGAAGACUUCCCAGCCUAAACUUGAAGCUGAAUCGACCCGAAGAAAAAGUUCCAUAUCACAACCUCCACUAGAAGAGGAAUCCGACCAAAGAAAAAGUUCCACGUCACAACCUACACCAGAAGAGGAAUCUGAAAGAAGAAAGAGUUCCACGUCGCAACCUACACCAGAAGAGAAAUCCGACCGAAGGAAGAGUUCCACGUCACAACCUAUACCAGAAGAUGAAUCCGACCGAAGAAAGAGUUCGAUAUCCAGCGAGUGCCCAGCUAAAGAACGUCACUCUAGAGAACAAGCCGAGAUUGAAGCUCUAACCCGCGCAAUCCCAGGAUCUGAGGUUUCCAGCAGUUACUUUGUCAAAGCCAACGGACCUGUCAGAAUAAGCUCCAAAUUAAAAGGACUGAAAGGAGCACAGUCGCCAGUUGGUAGUAUCAAGGUAAAAGCUCAAACUAACAGCAGAAACAAAAGCACCUUCCCAAAGGUGAAGGAGGAACAACUAGAAGAAGAGCCUACCAGAUCCAGUCCAGCAGAGGACGAAAGUCCUGAUUGGAUAUCUGCCAAAAAAGAGAGUGACUUGGAGGCUCCUAGGAGAUCUGCAGAUGAAGGGCAGCCUGCUGAUGAUGAACAAAUAAACGGAGUCGAUAUAAAAACUGAACGUGAUGGGUCAGGUAAAACGCCAGUAGGCGAGGAAAAGUCGUCCGACGAUGAGGAAAAGGCCGAUAAUAUGCCAGAUGAGUUACAAAAACUACAGGAUCAGUUAGCGGCCAGAGAUGCUCUAUGUGAUGAACAGCAAAACAGCAUUAACAACUUGAGAAACGAACGAGACGAUCUCAAUAAAAGGAUACAAGAUUGUUUAGAAGAACUCGAUGCAUUGAAAAAAUUCAACAAUGUCGGCGACCUGGGAGUGCCGACAUCCUGCAAAGAAGAAAUAGAAGCUCUGGAACAAGAAAUGCUCAUAAUGCGCAGCGGAAAUCUGUCUCCAGAACAGGAAGCGGAAAUGAUAAAAAAAGAAGUCGAGAUGCUGAAAAGGUACUGCCUGAAAUUGAAAGCCAUCGAAGAAGAGAACGAGAUACUCAAAUCAACGAGAUCUCUUCCGUCCGGUGACAACGAACCAACAGCGGUAGCAAGAAUCGAGCAGCUGGAGAGGGAGAGAGACGAGUUGGCUCACAAACUGGAAAUUCUCGAACAAGAAGCCAAAGAGAAGAUGGAGGUUCCAGAAGAUUACGAAAUCUACAAGAAUCGAUCCGAUAUGCUGGACAAAGCCUUAGCGGAGAGGGAUGAAAUGCAGAAGAAAGUGGAUAAGAUGAAACAGUUGGAAAUGCAGCUCGAGGAGUUGAGAGAGAAAGCCGAAAGAACAGAUGAGCUGGAAAAAACGCUCAAGUACUACAACAAGAACGAUCGGAAUACUGACUACGAGUUGAAGAGGACCCAAUCCAAGUGCAUUUGUUUGGAAAAGGAACAACAAAAUUUGAGAUGCGAAAGAGAUUCAAUGUGCAAACGAAUCGAGGCGAUGAACAACGAGCUAGAGUCUCUGCGAUCCAAGGCCAAGGAAGCUGAGAUGCUGAAGCUGGAAAGGGACAGGCUGCAGAUCAAACUGAACGAGCUAUCCCACGUCCAGGUCCACAACGAAAACUUGAUGCUGAAGUGCAAGUGCUUGGAGAACGCCGUCUUGGAGAGGGACGCCUACAAGCUGAAGUACGAGGAGAUUUUGGGUAUGGAGUGCCAGUGCGAGAUGAUGAAGUUGCAGAUCGAGGAGUCCAGGAACAUGGCGAGGGAAAGGGACGCUUUGGUGAAGCAGGUUAUGGACUUGGAGUCGUGCAUCAGGGAGCAAGAGGAGGAGAUCAAGAGACUGGUUAACCAGAUCGAUAGCCUCGUGAGAAAUAAGGAUGAAACACAGUCGCGCAUGCGCGAGGCUUUGAGUAACAUGCGAGCCGAGGUCGAGAAAAAGGACCAGCUGAUCGCCGCUUCGGAAGAAAAACUGGCCGCCGUUCAGACGCAGCUGAAGAGUUCCAUCCAGGGCGUUUCGUGCGAGACGCUUUGCUACAAGACGCGCAUCGAGGAGCUGGAGAGGGAGCUGUGCAGCGCGAGAUGUCGUAUCGGGAAGCUCGAGAGGCAGCUCACGGAGAAGGAGGAGAUCUUGCGGGGAGCACGGAGGACGAACAAGUCCGAGUAUGAAACAGUGGGCGUCAUGAGGAGGGAGCUGGACGCAGCCAAGGCAGAGAAUAACAAGCUGCAGGAGAUCGCCAAGAAGAUGGUCACCUUGACGGGUGACGAACACGUCCAAAAAAUGCUGAGACAGUCUGAAUGCGCAGUUCGUAGAGUUGUGGAAGAGCUUGGCAAGCAGUACCGCGAGUGGGACAACAUGCGCAGUCGCCGCCAGAAGCAUCGGUCACUCCCGAGAGAGGCCUCGUACAAGGGGGCGCAGUUCGAUGACGGCUCGGACUUUGAGAGCACAGACGAAAAGCUGAAGGAGGAACUUCGAGACAUCCAGAGGGAGAAAGAGAAGCUGGAGAGUAUCGUGAAACAGAUCCAGAACUCGGAUGGGCCGCAGAAGGAGUUGGUGUCGAUCAAGAUGGAGAACGAGAGGUUGCAGGAUCAGCUGCGGAACGAGGUCGAGAGAAGGAGGGCUCUCGAGCAGAAACUUAAUAAAAUUCUGACUUAGUGUGA